UCUAUUGUCAAGUGAUAUGUCAUAUCAACAUUUUCACUUUAUUUUGUUGUUCAACAAAGUUAUUUAAAAUGUUUCUUGAUAUAGUUUAUUAUGGAAAGCUACCAACCCGAAUAUGACAAGAGUAGCGUAUUGUCAGACACAUUCUGGAGGACACCGCAGCGCGCGUACCCGGGUAGACCCCGUCAGAAAGUUGGUCAAAGCGAGGUUAUGUCUGGGUCAUCGUAUCAGCAAUUCCAGGCGUCCGUGAACGACGCCUGGGACCUCGGGGACGACGACAUCAUCUCCGGCAUCGCAGAGACUAAAAUUUCGAAAGCCAUAUCGCAAACCGCCGCUUUAAACGUGAUAAAUUCUCAUAGGAAUAGUAGUAAGAUCGUAAACAAAGGUGACGUAAAGGCUGAGACUGAUAGUGUGAAAUCGCCGUCGGAGACGGUUAGUGUGCGUAAAAAUGAGACGAAGAAGGUGUUGGGUGGUCCAGGGGGUAGUUCUGGGCCGAUGCGGCACUACCCCGGGCGGCCGCGGCCCGUGCGGCUGUCGGCACUUGCUUCUCGGGAAGAAAACAACGAGUUGAAGCUGGAGAGGUUUCAACAAGUCCAUGAGAGUGCUGUGGUGGACCUGAACGAGCUCAAACAUCUGAGCUGGUCUGGAAUUCCAGUCAAGGCUCGCGCCAUAACCUGGCGUCUGCUCGCCGGCUACCUGCCAGCGAACUCGGAACGUCGUGCGGAGACGCUCCAGCGCAAACGCGCCGACUACAAACAUCUGGUGCGCCAGUACUACGAUGCGAGCGAGGAAAGGGACGACGACACCUACCGCCAGAUACAUAUUGAUAUACCACGGAUGAGUCCGCUCGUGGCGCUGUUCCAGCAGCCCACUGUACAGGUGAUGUUCGAAAGGAUCCUAUACAUCUGGGCGAUCAGGCACCCCGCCUCAGGCUACGUGCAAGGCAUCAACGACCUGGUGACGCCGUUCUUCAUGGUGUUCCUGCAAGAGGCGGUCCCGGGCGAGGAGUUGGACAACUACCCUCUGGACAAGCUGUCGGAGCAGCAGAGAGACAUCAUCGAGGCGGAUUCCUUCUGGUGCUUGUCCAAAUUCCUGGACAGUAUACAGGAUAAUUACAUUUUCGCGCAGCUGGGGAUACAGUAUAAGGUGAACCAGCUAAAAGAACUGAUCAGACGCAUCGACCAACCACUUCACGAGCAUUUACAGAGCCACGGAGUUGACUACCUUCAGUUUUCCUUCCGCUGGAUGAACAACCUGCUCACCAGGGAGAUCCCUCUGGCCUGUACUAUACGCCUAUGGGACACAUACCUGGCAGAGUCGGAUGACUUCGCCAUAUUCCAGCUGUAUGUCUGCGCAGCGUUUCUGCUGCAUUGGAGGGAGAGGCUUAUGCUGGAAAAGGAUUUUCAAGGCCUAAUGAUCCUUCUCCAGAACGUGCCGACGCAGAACUGGUCGGACUCGAACAUCAGCGUUCUGGUGGCGGAGGCCUACAAGCUCAAGUUCGCCUUCGCCGACGCGCCCAACCACCUCGCCCAAGCCCGCGCCGACCGGUGACCGGCGCCCGGCACUAGCAGAGUAAAUACAAAUGAGUAGGUCAUCUUCAUAGAAACGCACGGGCGCGGUUUGUAUGUGAGCGCGCCAACACGUAUGCGGCGCGCACGCACACACUGACAAAAUUCGGCGCAACCACUACUGGCUCCCCGCUAAUCCCUGCUCUCGGUGCGUUUCUAUGAAGAUGACCUACUCAUUUGUAUUUACUCUGGUAUUAGGGCGCUUGCGGAGCGGUGGCGAGAGCGCGUAAUGUAAAAUCAAGGCGAAGGCGCCCUGUAGGCCUAAGAUGCGUGCCGUGAUAAGCUUUUCUCGCGCCAUUUUAUCGACUUUACGCGAUAGGGGUAAAAAGUCAAACGUUUGUCGUCAAUGAUCAAAUAUCGAUAAAAUUUUAUCACGGCGCGCAUCCUAACCCAGCUGAAUUAAAGGCAAAGGCGCCCGCUUUAACUUUAACUUCGACCAACCUUUCUUGCGCCCGUAUUCACAAACAAGACUGAGGUCUCAGUGCGCGUGGACGCACAGAGUUACACACGAACCAAUCAAUGCUCUAUUCAACGCUGUGCGUUCGAUUUGCUGCUUCACUUAAGCAAGUGUCGUUUGUGAAUACGGGCGUUACUGUCCCGACGCGCCCAACCACCUCGCCCAAGCCCGCGCCGACCGGUGACCGGCGCCCGGCACUAGGGCGCCGGCGGAGCGGGAGCGGGAAAUGUAAUACAGUCGAACCGAUGCAAAGGCGCCCGAAAACGAUAUUAGGGCGCCUACGCAAUUAAAGCCCGGUCUGUGAGCACGUAGAAUUUUGUCCAAUGACCCCAAGCUACCCAUCCUUAUUGCUCGCGCGUAAUUAUAUUGCUGUCACGACUGUGCGACGCGUCCGCAGUGAGUGUGCGAGCGCAAAAGCAACACAAUGACCCCACAUUGGACAAAAUUCUACGUGCUCGCAGACCAGACUAUACAGUGGGAGCGUGUAAUGUAAAACUAUGUCAAACUAAUGCAAAGGCGCCCGCUCGAUAAAAUGGCGUGAUAAGCUUUUAUCGCGCCAUUUUACCGAUUUUACGCGAUAGUCCCGUACGUUUGUCGUCUAAAAUGAUCGAUAAAAUUUUAUCACGGCGCGCAUCCUAGCCCAGCUGAAUCUAAUUUCGACUUGAACCGAGGAUGGUUUUAGGGCGCCUGGACGGGGUCUUAAGGCGCCAAGCAUCGGGAGCGGGAACGCGUAAUGUAAUACUGCGCUCAAAUCAAGGCUAAGGCGCCCGCUUAAACUGAACUUCGACAAACCUUUCUUAAUGUACCGACGCGCCCAACCACCUCGCCCAAGCCCGCGCCGACCGGUGACCGGCGCCCGGCACUAGGGCGCCUGCGGAGCGGGAGCGCGUAAUGUAAUACUACAGGCAAAUCAAUGAGAAAGUGCCCACUCCACGCAUACCUAAUUUGUCAUUUAACGCCCAUUUCGACAAACCUUUUUUGUACAAUUAACGCCCGCGCCGACCGGUGACCGGCGCCCGCACUAGGGCGCCUGUGGAGCGGGAGCGCGUCAUGUAAUACUACAGUCGAACCAAUGCAAAGGAGCCCGAAAACGGUCUUAGGGCGCCUACGCAACUAAAGCCCGGUCUGUGAGCACGUAGAAUUUUGUCCAAUGACCCCAAGCUACCCAUCCUUAUCGCUCGCGCGUAAUUAUAUUGCUGUCCCGACUGUGCGACUGGCGCCCGCAGUGAGUGUGCGAGUGGGAGCGUGUAAUGUAAAAAUAUGUCAAACUAAUGCAAAAGCGUCCGCUCCAUACGCGCUGUGACAAGCUUUUAUCGCGCAAUUUUAUCGAUUUUACGCGAUAGAUCCAUACAUUUGUCUUCUAAAAUGAUCGAUAAAAUUUUAUCACGGCGCACAUCCUAACCCAGCUGAAUCUAAUUUCGACUUGAACCGAGGAUGGUUUUAGGGCGCCUGGACGGGGUCUUAAGGCGCCAAGCAUCGGGAGCGGGAACGCGUAAUGUAAUACUGCGCUCAAAUCAAGGCUAAGGCGCCCGCUUAAACUGAACUUCGACAAACCUUUCUUAAUGUACCGACGCGCCCAACCACCUCGCCCAAGCCCGCGCCGACCGGUGACCGGCGCCCGGCACUAGCAGAGUAAAUACAAAUGAGUAGGUCAUCUUCAUAGAAACGCACGGGCGCGGUUUGUAUGUGAGCGCGCCAACACGUAUGCGGCGCGCACGCACACACUGACAAAAUUCGGCGCAACCACGACUGAUCUCCGCUCUCGGUGCGUUUCUAUGAAGAUGACCUACUCAUUUGUAUUUACUCUGGUACUAGGGCGCCUGUGGAGCGGUGGCGAGAGCGUGUAAUGUAAAAUCAAGGCGAAGACGCUCUGUAGGCCUAAGAUGCGCGCCGUGAUAAGCUUUUAUCGCGCCAUUUUAUCGAUUUCACGCGAUAGGCCCGUGCGUUUGUCGUCUAAAAUGAUGGUCUUAGGCCUUGUUCAGACUACGCAGUUUCUGGGUUGUCCUCAUUGGUAAGGCCUGAAACGGUAACCGCGCGAUUAUCGCUGUGUCUGAACCAGGCCUUAGGGCGCCUAUCCAUCUAUCGCAGGAAAGCGUGAUAUAAAACUACGGCGAGUGUGUUUUGGAUUCAUUAAGCAUCAUGCAAUUUACUUAGAUACAAUGUACAUUACAAGCGACCGCUCCCGGUUUGUAAGCGCCUUUACAUUUCACUCAACUUUGUACCGGAACGCUCUGUGGUAACUGUUUCUUAUAAGAAACAACUAAAUCUUCCUACAAAAUGAGAAUAUGACCACUGAAUUUUUGGGCGUUAGUUACUCUUAAUUUUUGGCUUACAAUAAAACAAUUAUUUUGUAAGAAUGGUUGUUAACUAAUUGAUUUGUAUGAUAAUGGAAGAUUUUUGUAUAAAUAACAGAAGAAAAAUCAGUUUAGUACGUUAAUUUCGAUUAAAAACGAAGUGACCAAUAUUGCUUUGUCACUUUUAAAUUAAAAAUUUCGUCUCUUUUCAAUCAGUAAAGAUAAAAAGAGAGGUUUUAAGUUAGUUAAAAGAAUGGUUCAAUGUAAUUGUACCGCUAUAUGUAUAAUGCAACGUUAAAAUACAAAAAAAUUACUCCAAUCACUAAAUUGUACUAAUUUUAUUUACUGAUAUUAUUAUUAAUAAGGUAUAUUCACAAUGCCGCGUGGCGUAAUAGUGGUAUAGAUCGUUUCAUCCACGAAGACGCGCCCCACCAAUUUUUGGUCUCGGUCGCGCGGGGUGCGGGGAGUUUGAUCCGAGCAAUCCGAGCGGCAUUAUUGUAGUGUGCGUGUGCACUCAUGGAUGAUUUAGCGUGCACCGAUAACACUCAAACAUUACCGGAAAAAUGGUGGGGCGCGUCUUCGUGGAUAAAACGAUCUAUAAUGUGAACCUACCUCUUUUGUUUAGUGAUAACUCGGAGAAUUAUUUUUAAGCAUUUUGGGCUAUUUUACGAAAAUGUGAGCGUUGAAUUUUAGUUAUUAUUUCAUAUAAAUUAAUUUAGAAAUGGUCAAACGUGUAAUCAAAAUGUUCGAAGCUUAGAAAAAUAAUAUAUUGUAAUCUGACAGGGUAGUUAUGGAAGUACUAAUUGAGAGAAGUGUUCAUAAAUUGUUUAAAAGGUUAAUGCUUGUCAUGUUUGGUUAUUUCAAAUAAUACUGAAUUCACUUUUCAAUUGAUAGUAACAUUUGUAAUAAACAUAUUUUCGAAAGCCUUCAUGGACCAUGUUAGUUACGUCCAAAAAAGGACGUAUCACACUUUGAGCACCCACCCAAAUAGCACCUGCACGAAUAGCACCUGGCCUAUUCCACUGAAAGCACCUAUCGAUAUAUGGAAUAUUUUUUUAUAUCGUUAGCUGCUCUAAGUGGAAUAAGCCAGGUGCUAUUUCGGCGGGUGCUUAAUCAUAAUCAUAAUAUCUUUAUUGCUUCAUGUGGUGCUUAAAGUGGAAUACGUCCAAAAACGACGCGAGGUUGGCGAAUUUAGAGUUGAAAUUGUCACGAAUGUUAGUUUUUUUAGUGCUAUUGAGAUAUGCCAAUAUGCAUCCGACUCAUUAUUUUGCCCGUUAAAGCUGAAGCUAAUGUGAACCCACACAGUCGGCGUCAAAUAGUUCAUAACAGCCGAUGUGGCCAAUAAUAUGACAACACAACCUUAUUCCAAUCGUAACAAAGACGGGUUGCGAACUUAUUGAGCACUUUGGCGAUUAUCAUACUGCACCGCGCUCCGCCGCGGUCCGCGUGGCGACAUACAACGAAUCCCGCGCGCAAACGCGUUGUCAGUGUGUUGUGCCGCGCGUGUUUUCUAUACAAACUGAAGUACUUGCAUAUAAAUAAAUAAAUAAAUUAAUAAAUAUCUUUGGACAAUCUCACACAGCGCCAUCUAGCCCCAAAGUAAGCAAUUAAUAUGCUUGUGUUAUGGGUGCUAGCUUAAAUUAAUAAUAUAAUGAUAAUAUAAUAUAAUGAUUAAAUCUGUCGUCCCGCGUACCGCGGCGGAGCGCGGUGCAGUGUGAUAAUGACCUUUGGGUGUCAGCAACUAUUUGACCCUGACUGUGUGCUCAUAAGCCAAUGCCAGCAGAUUUGAAUAUUUAAAUGUGUCAUAAAAAGCCAUACUUACAUAAUUAUGGAUCUAAAAACGUUGGCUAACGUAUGAAUGAACUGUCAGAACUCUCCAUAGAUUUUAUACGGCAAUAGAAACAUGGCGUCACUUCGCUAACUUUAUAUUGUUACUAUUUAUUUCAAAGUCACUAAAAAUCAAACCCUAAAAGUGAUAAAAGUUACAAGCGUGUUGAACACUAGUAAUAGCCCUUAGGCUGGGUUGCACCAUCUUAUUUUAACUUUAACAAACGUCAAAAGUCUGUCAAACACCAUACGAAAAACACCGGUUUUGGUCAGAAGAUCGGUAGUGUUCAAUAUGCGCGUAACUUUUUAUUAGUAAGGGGCUAAUAUAAUAUUCAGUUAUUUCAAGAUUAUUAGUGUUUAGCGCUACAAUACAAUGUUUUAGAAGGGAAGUUGUGCCUUGGAACUACCCUACAAUGCAGAUUUCUUCUGAACCUGUAAUAUAUGGACCUGUACAGACAUAUCCGAGGCGUCAUUGUAGUAAUGCACUUGACCUAAGUCUAUCUGCAAAAUCAUUUCGAUAUAUUCGCCUCGCUCACUCACAAGUAAAUUGAAGCGCGUGUGAGAGGAACGGAGGAUCGAAAUCGUUUUGCAAAGUAGACCACUUGGUCACAUUUUGUAUGGAAAGUUUAAAUAUAAAUAAUAUAUAAUAUUCAGCAUGUAAAGGCCUAAUAUUAAGCGAGUUGAAUUAAGUUGGUUUAGUUUAGGACGGCUGCGUCUGUCCGUCGUGUAAAAAGAAAUACGUCCUUUGAUUUUUUUGUGUUUUUGUGACCAUUCUUUAUGUAUUAUUUGAUUUUAUUAAUAUGUUACUUUACUAGAUGAUUAUAGCAUAUUAUUAUACAUUUCAA